UUCCCAAGGCAGGGCCUUGAGGCAGGAGAGGGCUUCGAUCUUGGAAAGAUCCCAGGGCCAGGGCUGGGAGGUCAGACCAUGUUGCUGUCCCCCGGGGCUAGGUGGCACCUGGGAGGCAGGGAGCCUAAGUUCAGGAUGAUCUGCCGUUGCCUCGCUGGGUGACCUUGGGCAGGUCCCCCCCCCACCCCAUGCCCUGUACAGUGUCUACAUCUGUGUGGAGAACAGUUGGCCACUUGAGAUCCUGGUGAGUCUCCUGGAAAAGAUGCCCUUGAGCCCUGCUGCUCUCCUGGGCACAGAGAAGGAGUCCGGAGUUUUGAAUGGUUCUCUGUGACUUUCAGCAAGUAACUCUACCUCCUUAUGCUUCCGUCUCCUCACCUGUCAAAUGGGGACGAGAGAACCCUCAAAGGCACGAGAUGGGAAGGAGAUAGUGGACGUGAAGGCCCUGCGUCUACCCAGGUGACCACGCCGGCUUCAGGACAUGCACGGGCACAGCCGCAACGGGCAGGCCCACGUGCCCCGGCGGAAACGCCGCAACCGCUUCGUCAAGAAGAACGGCCAAUGCAACGUCUACUUCGCCAACCUGAGCAACAAGUCGCAGCGCUACAUGGCGGACAUCUUCACCACCUGCGUGGACACGCGCUGGCGCUACAUGCUCAUGAUCUUCUCCGCGGCCUUCCUCGUCUCCUGGCUCUUCUUCGGCCUCCUCUUCUGGUGUAUUGCUUUCUUCCACGGCGACCUGGAGGCCGGCCCGGCGGCGGCGGCGGCCGCGGCGGCGGCCACGGCGACGGCGGCGGCCGGAGGGGGUGCCCCGGCGGCCCCGCCGGCCCCCAAGCCCUGCAUCAUGCACGUGAACGGCUUCCUGGGCGCCUUCCUGUUCUCGGUGGAGACGCAGACGACCAUCGGCUACGGGUUCCGCUGCGUGACGGAGGAGUGCCCGCUGGCGGUCAUCGCCGUGGUGGUGCAGUCCAUCGUGGGCUGCGUCAUCGACUCCUUCAUGAUCGGCACCAUCAUGGCCAAGAUGGCUCGGCCCAAGAAGCGGGCGCAGACGCUGCUGUUCAGCCACCACGCGGUCAUCUCGGUGCGCGACGGCAAGCUCUGCCUCAUGUGGCGCGUGGGCAACCUGCGUAAGAGCCACAUCGUGGAGGCGCACGUGCGGGCCCAGCUCAUCAAGCCCUACAUGACCCAGGAGGGCGAGUACCUGCCGCUGGACCAGCGGGACCUCAACGUGGGCUACGACAUCGGCCUGGACCGCAUCUUCCUGGUGUCGCCCAUCAUCAUCGUCCACGAGAUCGACGAGGACAGCCCGCUCUACGGCAUGGGCAAGGAGGAGCUGGAGUCGGAGGACUUCGAGAUCGUGGUCAUCCUCGAGGGCAUGGUGGAGGCCACUGCCAUGACCACCCAGGCCCGCAGCUCCUACCUGGCCAGCGAGAUCCUGUGGGGCCACCGCUUCGAGCCCGUGGUCUUCGAGGAGAAGAGCCACUACAAGGUGGACUACUCGCGCUUCCACAAGACCUACGAGGUGGCCGGCACGCCCUGCUGCUCGGCCCGGGAGCUGCAGGAGAGCAAGAUCACCGUGCUGCCCGCCCCGCCGCCCCCGCCCAGUGCCUUCUGCUACGAGAACGAGCUGGCCCUCAUGAGCCAGGAGGAAGAGGAGAUGGAGGAGGAGGCGGCGGCCGCUGCUGCCGUGGCCGCGGGCCUGGGCCUGGAGGCGGGCUCCAAGGAGGAGGCGGGCAUCAUCCGAAUGCUGGAGUUCGGCAGCCACCUGGAUCUGGAGCGCAUCCAAGCCACCCUCCCGCUGGACAACAUCUCCUACCGCAGGGAGUCCGCCAUCUGACCUCUGGGCCCCGCCCUCAUCACUUCCCACAAGAGCCUCUGCCGGGGGUGGGAUGCCAGGACACCCCCUCCACACUCAGGACAGAGCUGACCCUGGCUCCGCGGGCCUGCGGCAGGGAGCUGGGCGCUUCAGAGACUGGGAAAGCCCUUCUCAGUGACUCCAAAGCCCAGGCCUGGGAAGGGCCCAGGAUAACCCCUGACCUGUCAGCCUACCCACUGGCCUCUCGGGGACCCCAGACCCACCACCUUUUUCCCACUGACACUUCAAGGACGUGCCCCCUUUACUCUCAGAACCUUGGGGAAGGCGGCUGGA